GGAGGUAAAGUGCCAGGCUGAAGGUGUUAGCGGGGGAGUGAUGGAGGAUGCCGUAGCGGACACACGGAGGCUUUACGCCAAACCACAAAACCUCAGCGAUGCCUACGGACCUCCGAGUAACUUCCUAGAGAUCGAAGUGGGCAAUCCCGAGACGGUGGGAGUCGGACGGGGCAGAUUCACUACAUACGAGAUCAGACUGAAGACUAACCUUCCCAUCUUCAAGCUGAAGGAGUCGUGCGUCAGGAGGAGAUACAGUGACUUCGAGUGGCUCAGAGGAGAGCUGGAGAGAGAGAGCAAGGUGGUCGUUCCUCCUCUGCCGGGGAAAGCCCUGUUCAGGCAGCUCCCGUUUCGUGGAGAUGACGGCAUCUUCGACGACUCCUUCAUUGAGGAGCGGCGGCAAGGCCUGGAGCAAUUUCUCAACAAAGUCGCUGGCCAUCCGUUAGCUCAAAACGAGCGUUGCCUGCACAUGUUCCUCCAGGACGAAUCCGUGGACAAAAACUACACCCCCUCCAAAGUCAGACAUGCCUGAACCGCCCACACUGGAGCUCGUGACACGUGCGAGGAGAAGUCUCGUCCGACCUGAACUCUUCCCUCGGGAUUAAAAAACAAACGGAAUGAAUCCUUCAGCUCAUCCGAACCGUUCACACCGCAGCGUACUGCAAAGGGAAAAAAAAAAACAACAAGUCUUUGAAACGAAAACAUCUCAACAUCGCACUGUAGAAUGAAUUGUCAGCACUUUUUUUUGUUCUUUUCUUUUUUUUUUUUUUUUUUUUUUUUUUUUUUUUUUUUUUUUUGAGUCAGUGCUCCGUCACUAGAGCUUGAAUAAAUCAUCAUUUCUGCUCUACGAUAAAGACAACAAUGAAGCAUCUCACGUUUUAGGUUUGUGGAUAUCCUGGUAGUUAAGAGGCACCGCUAUCUUUGAGGUUUAUGAGGCUCAGGAUAUUAUUGUGAGAAAUAACAUACAUGCACGAACCAAAAAAAAAAAAAAAAAAA